GAAAUAAAUCCCUAAAACGUCGUGACUUUAUUUUACUCCCCCAGUAGUUUAAUUAUUAUAAUUUAAAUAUUUAUUUAUAAUAAAGUGAUAUAUAAUAAGUAUAUAUAUUUAUUUUUUAUACAUAAAAAAAAGUUAAUAAUUAUUGUUAGUAAGUUAUUAUUUAUUCGAGAAGAAAUUAAGUAAUAUAUAACUAAAAAAAUUUAUAAAACAAGUUGACUUGAGUGUAACAAUUUAUAUAUAUACAUUAUUAAUGUCUAGACAUUUCAACAGACUGUCAGACAAAUCGAUAAUUCUCUUGUAGGUAAACCGGAAAUAGUUUGACUUUACCAAUGGGUAUAACUGAUAUGUCAAAGACACUUAAUGAAUAUAGAAUCAAAAAAAUUGAAACUAUUGGCAGAAUGACAGCCAUGACACAAGAAGAAAUUGUAGCUGGGGCCCGAACAGUUGCUCAGGGUCUUGAAGCAUUACGAGUUGAACAUAGUGGUAUUUUACAAGGUCUUCAACUUCAGGAUGCACCAGAAGCAAGAGAUAAAUCAAGUUUAAUUGGUAAAAAUAUUGAAAUGAUUGAACUUGGUUUGGGUGAGGCACAAGUUAUGAUGGCACUUGCAAGUCAUUUACAAAUGGUUGAAGCAGAAAAACAAAAACUUAGAACACAAGUUAGAAGGCUUUGUCAAGAAAAUGCAUGGUUAAGAGAUGAACUUGCUGGUACACAACAAAAAUUACAAGCCAGUGAACAAGCUGUUGCACAACUUGAAGAAGAUAAAAAACACUUAGAUUUUAUGGAUAAUAUGAGACAAUAUGAUCCAGAUCCUCCAGCUGAUGAUGAAAAUGCUAAAGAUAGACCAAAAGAUGAUCCAGUUGUUGAUUUAUUUCCUGAUGAUGAAGCAGAUGAACGAAACACAAUGUCACCAACACCACCAUCACAAUUUGCUCAACAAGUUAAUGCUGGAUAUGAAAUACCAGCACGUUUACGUACACUUCAUAAUUUAGUUAUACAAUAUGCAAGUCAAGGACGUUAUGAAGUUGCAGUACCAUUGUGUAAACAAGCACUUGAAGAUCUUGAAAAAACAUCUGGUCAUGAUCAUCCAGAUGUUGCAACAAUGCUCAAUAUAUUAGCACUUGUUUAUCGUGAUCAAAAUAAAUAUAAAGAAGCAGCAAAUUUAUUAAAUGAUGCUUUAGCAAUACGUGAAAAAACACUUGGUGAAAAUCAUCCAGCAGUUGCAGCAACAUUAAAUAAUCUUGCUGUACUUUAUGGUAAACGUGGUAAAUAUAAAGAAGCUGAACCAUUAUGUAAACGUGCAUUAGAAAUACGUGAAAAAGUGCUUGGACGUGAUCAUCCAGAUGUUGCUAAACAACUUAAUAAUUUAGCAUUAUUAUGUCAAAAUCAAGGAAAAUAUGAAGAAGUACAAAGAUAUUAUCAACGUGCAUUGGAAAUAUAUGAAGCUAAAUUAGGUCCAGAUGAUCCAAAUGUUGCUAAAACUAAAAAUAAUCUUGCAUCUUGUUAUCUUAAACAGGGUAAAUAUAAAGAUGCUGAAGUACUUUAUAAACAAGUACUAACAAGAGCUCAUGAAAGAGAAUUUGGUGCUAUUGAUGGUGAUAAUAAACCAAUUUGGCAGGUUGCUGAAGAAAGAGAAGAAAAUAAACAUAAAUGUCUAGAAAAUGCACCAUAUGGAGAGUAUGGUGGUUGGCAUAAAGCUGCCAAAGUUGAUUCACCAACUGUAACAACAACUCUUAAAAAUCUUGGUGCACUUUAUAGAAGACAGGGUAAAUACGAAGCUGCUGAAACACUUGAAGAUUGUGCACUUAGAUCAAGAAAAGAGGCAUUAAAUCUUGUUAAACAAGCAAAAGUAGCACAAAUACUUGGAGAUGAAAAAGGAACAACAAGACGUGGUUCACGUUCAAGUCUUGCAAAUAGCGAACAUGAAACACAUGACGAGGAUCGAAAACAUCCAGUUCGUGCACAGUAGUUAUCACAAGGAACAGGAUAAUGGAACAGUGAUUUUUUAAAAAAAUUUCCGAUCCAGCCAAUCAAUAAAUAAUGAUGCCACGACAAGAAAAAAAAAAUCAAACAGCGAUUUUUUUUUUAUCUAUUUAAAAUUUUAGGGAAAAAAAUUCUUUUGAUAUUCCUAUUGAUCCUUAUGAAUAAUUGUUUAAACAUUCCAACACUACUUACAAGAAUGAAAAAAAAAAAAAAAAGAAAAAACAAGCAAACAAACACUAAUAAGAAAAAAAAAUAAAUAAAUUAUAGUUUAAAAUAUUUCAAUAACAACAAAUGAAGUAAAAAAUUAUGAAAAAAAUUGAUUUUAAAAUUUUUGAUAAGUUUAUUAUGAAUUUGAAUAAUUUUUUUUUUUAAAUGUUGUAAAAUUAUUUUAAUUAAGUGAUGAAGUAAUAAUAUCAAGAUUUGAAGUGGUACUUUUUUUUAUAUAUAAUAUAAAGAAGUGAUAAACUUUUUUUUUGUGCAUUAAUAUUAUUUUAAGUUUAUUGUAAUUUUCAUGAAAAUCCUAUUUAUUUUAUCUGCAUGAAAGAAUAAAAUAAUUGGGUGAUAAUUACAAUAAAUCACCCAUAAAAUUUGAUAUUUUGUAAUUAAUACAAAUUGAGCUUUGAAAUAUUGUGAAAAUUUAAAUAAAAAGUGGAAUAAACAAAAAAAAAUUGAAAAAAACAUUUAAAAAAUAAUCCACAAAUUGUGAAUGAAUAUUUAUUUUUAAGUUUAAAUAUUAUAUUGCAUAUUUAUUUGGCAAUUAUCUUACACUUGUUUUUUUUUUCUUUUUUAAAUUAUUUAAUAUUAUUUAAUUUGAUGCAAUUCACCGAGUAAUCAAUACUAAACAUAAUAAAAAUUGUGAUUAACUGAUUUAUCGUAAAAAAAAAAAAAUAAAUAAAGCUCGUGACUUUGUACUAUUCGUUACCUUCCUUGUCAUCACAAUUUAUUAUUUUAAAUGAUGAAAUCCAGUGUGCAUUUUGCAUUUAAAAAUAUAAGCAAUUAUAAAAUAUUUUAAAUAAUAAUACUGAGUACGUACUGCAUGUGCGCCUGACAGUUUUAAGGCCUAGUUAUUUUUUAUAUUACCAAAUUCGAUAAAAUUAAUAAAAACAUUACAAAUUAUUAUUAUCAUUAAACUAAAAUUUUGCACCGUUUGAGAUACACUUACAUAUCUUGCAAAAAAAAAAUAUAUAUAUACUUGCUUUUUUAAUGUGACAAUUUGUUUUUCGUUUUUUUUUUUUUUUUAAAUAUUUACUGCAAUUAAAUAAUUAAAAUAAAAUUGCAGAUUUUGGCUCUCAGGUGUAAAACAAAGUUUAAUGAUUUAAUAAUGUAAGUUUUUGUUUAAAAUACAAAAAAAUAAAUAAAUAAUUUCAAGCUUGUAAAACAUGAUGAUUCAAAUAUUUUCAAGAUACUUGAAAUAAAAGAAAAAAAAAAACAAAAAUAUAUAAACCAUUUAAAAAAUUGUUUUAUUCAAUUUUUGAUAAAUUCCUUUUCCUUUUAUUAUAAAAAAAUAAUUUUCACAUUCAAUAUUAAAUUGGCUAAUUUAAUUUUGAUUGUAAAUAUUUGAAAUAUAGUAUUUUAUAUAAAUUUUUGUACUAAUAAUGUUGGGGUGAUGAUUAUAUGGGGUAUUAAAUCGAGGGAAGUAGGUCGAUCAAUAUGCCCCGUAGGGGGUUGUUGGAAUAGUGGACAUACCCAGAGGGUGUGUAUCUAGUUGUGCGCGUAAUAAUAUUUUGUCAUAGUUGGCUAUCACAUCGUCAACAAGUGCUGAUAUUAUUAUCAAGCUAAUAAUAAAAAAAAAACAAACAAAAUUAAAUAUAAAGUAAUUGAUCUUUCGAAAAAAAAAAAAACAUA